AUGAAAUUAAAUAUAAUUAAAUAUUAUUAUAUAAAAAAUAAAAAAUUGAUAUUUAAUAAUAUUAAUAAAAAUUUUAUUUUUAAAAAAUAUAUAAUUAUUAAAUUAUUUUUUUAUGAAUAUAUUAAUAAUAAAUUAAAAAUUUUUAAUUUUAAAGGAAUUUUUAUUAAUAAUAAUAGUAAUAAUAAUAUUAUUUUAUUAAAAUAUAAUAAUAAUGAUAUAUUAUUUUUAUAUUUUUAUUUAAAUAUAUUUAAUUUAAUUACUAUUUUAAAAUUAGGAAAAUUAAAUUUAAACAAAAUAAAAUUUUUAAUAUGA